AUGGUGUCGCUCGCUGCCCCGGCAUUCCACUCGCUGGUCGCGAAAACCUCCAGGGCCUGCACCACGAGGGCGUCUUCGCAACGCGAGAGCGCGCCCGGCCGCCCUGGAGCGAAGGCGCGGCCUCGGGCGGCGGGGACUGCGCAGGCGGCGGCGGUGGAGGCGGAGGAGACCCCGAGGUUCAGGUGGGAUGAGCUCGGGUCCGACCUGUCCGAGCCCCAGGAGCAGGCGAUGCGCGGCCUGUCCCCCAAGCUGCCCAACCGCUGCAGGGCGCUGAUGCCGCGCGUCGUGUCGCUGUCCCCCGGCGAUGAGAAUCUCGGCGUGGUCCUUGCGUUCUGGGUGAAGGCCAUGAAGCCCAAGAGGGCGGACUGGCUGCUGGUCCUCAAGGAGCUCAAGGCUAUGGAGAGCCCGCUUCUCGCUGAGGUACUAGAAUAUGCACUUCUGGAGGAUUCUUUCGAAGCGAAUGUGCGUGACUACACCAAACUGAUGCAAAUCUACGGCAAGCAAAAUCUGUUGCCGGAAGCCGAGGAAGCAUUCCAGGCCAUGAAAGCCAGAGGCCUCCCAUGUGAUCAGGUCAUGCUGACUGCACUGGUGGACAUGUACAGCAAGGCCGGGGAUCUCACCCGCGCAAAGGAAACAUUCGAAGAGAUUGUGUUGCUCGGCCUACCACUCGAUAAGCGGGCAUACGGUUCAAUGAUCAUGGCCUAUAUCAGAGCAGACAUGUUAGACCAAGCAGAAGAUCUGAUCAAACAGACGGAGGAUCAGCAGGUCUUCGCGGGGAAAGAGGUCUACAAGGCUCUCCUGAGAGCAUACUCGUACAAAAGCGAUUCAGAAGGGGCGCAACGAGUCUUCGAUGCGGUACAGUUCGCAGGGACAGUGCCAGACACGAAGCUGUGUGCGCUCCUGGUGAAUGCCUACUGCCUCUCCAAUAGGAUCGACGAGGCCGUCUGUGUGACCCGAAACAUGAGGAGUGCAGGACUGGAACUGUGCGACAGGUGUGUCGCGUUGAUACUCGGCGCGUACGAGAAGGCCAAUAGGCUGGAAGGAGCACUGGAGUUUCUAACGGAGCUCGAAGAGAACGGUGUCGUGAUCGGCCAAGAGCCGUCGCAGCUGCUCGCGGCAUGGUUCGGGAGGCUCGGGGUGGUUCAUGAAGUGGAGCAGGUCCUGGAGGAAGUGAGUAAGAGUAGCAAGAGCAAGCAGAGUGUUUCACUCCUGACGGAAGGGACGAAGAGUAGGAAGAGCAAAGACGGUGUUGAGAAGGAAUGGAGAAAAGGCAGAAAGGGUAAACACAGCAUUUCAGUACACCAACAACCCAGCAUUUCAGUACACCAGCAACCCAGCAUUUCAGUCCAGACGAAAGGGGCAACCAACAGGAAGAGCAAAAUCACUAAGUCCAUUACCUCAGCAACUGAAGUGAUUUUGUAA